AUGGGGAAAGACUACUAUAAAAUUCUUGGUGUCGAUAAAAAUGCAGACGAAGAAGAACUUAAGAAAGCCUAUAGGAAGCAUCAAGGUAGUGCUGAUAAAGAGGCCGCGGAGAAAAAGUUUAAAGAAAUUAGUGAAGCAUAUGAAGUGCUUAGCGAUAAAAAUAAACGGCAAAUUUAUGACGCAUAUGGUGAAGAAGGUUUGAAAGGUGCACCUCCGCCUGAUGCGGGUGGAGCAUUUCCCGGCGGCUUCCAAG